AAAAAAAAAAAGUGCUGAAGAGAGUCCUAGGGAGAUGAGGCUAUUUUUGUUUGAAGCUGAUACUUCUAGCUGAGCCACAAGUACUGCUUGGAAAGGGCUUAGGUUGUUUCCAGGGGGAGAACUCUGCAGAGAAGAGGCAAAGUUCAACAGGACCACGAAAAGCAGCUGAAAACAGCCAGGAAGAGCGAGAGCCCUCCGCUAGCCCUCUACCAGAGUUCUCUUAAUCCCACCGUAUUCUGCAAAGUACCACUUGACCGCAACUUUUCAACCUGAGUGACUUCUGCAUCCACCAUGACUGAGAUCACCGCUGAAGGAAGUACAUCUACAACAACAGCUGUGAUAGACAACAAAAAUGGAUCUGUGCCCAAGUCCCCUGGAAAGGUGCUGAAGAGGACUGUCACGGAAGACAUCGUGACAACCUUCAGCUCUCCUGCAGCCUGGCUUCUGGUCAUCGCUCUGAUAAUCACAUGGUCAGCGGUUGCUAUCGUUAUGUUUGACUUGGUGGAUUACAAAAACUUUUCAGCAAGCUCCAUUGCCAAGAUUGGCUCAGAUCCUUUAAAGUUCGUCAAUGAUGCUGUGGAGGAAACCACUGACUGGAUCUACGGCUUCUUUUCGUUGCUUUCUGACAUCAUCUCAUCUGAAGGUGAUGAGGAGGAUGAGGAUGCAGAUGAAGACAUUGAUAAAGGAGAAAUAGAAGAACCUCCCUUGAAAAGAAAAGAAAUACACAAAGAAAAGGCUGAAAAGCAGGAGAAACCUGAGAAGAAAAUACAAACUAAAGUUUCACAAAGAGAAAAGGAAAAAGGAAAAGAAAAAAUCAAAGAAGGAGAAAAACCCGAGAAGAAAGCAACCCACAAGGAGAAACUUGAGAAAAAAGAAAAAGGAGAGACAAAGACAACGGCAAAAGAAGAGAAGAAAGUUAAGACUAAGGAAAAGACUGAAGACAAGACCAAGAAGGAAAUGAAAGUCGGGAAAAAGGAGAAAGGGAAGCCAGCAGCUGCAAAAGUAAAAGAAACUCCUCCAAAAACCCCACCAAAAGCCAGAGAGAGGGAUGACAAAGAGAUCACAGCUGUGCCUGAGCAUGAACAGAAAGAUCAGUAUGCAUUCUGUCGAUAUAUGAUUGACAUGUUUGUCCAUGGGGAUUUGAAACCAGGACAAAGCCCAGCCUUACCACCACCAUCACUGAAAGCACCAGUUUCUAGACCUGCUCUGUCAACACCGGCUCCUGAAGAAAAAGAAGAGGAGGCAAAGAAAGCAGAGAAGAAAGUUACUUCUGAAACAAAAAAGAAAGCAGAAAAAGGAGAAGCCAAAAAGAAAAGUGAGAAGGAACCCAGCACUGAUGUGAAAAGCAAAGAGCCAGGCAAAUCUCCUGAAGCCAAACAAACAACUGCAAAAGUCACAGCACAAGCAGCAGCUAAAAAAGAUGAGAAGAAAGAAGAUUCCAAGAAAACGAAAAAAGCUCCGGAAGAACAACCCAAGGGGAAAAAACAGGAAAAGAAAGAAAAGCCCAUAGAACCAGCAAAGUCACCAAAAAAGGAACAUCCGGCUCCAAGUGAUGAAAAACACGGGAAAACAAAAGCUGAACGAUCCAAAGAAGAGAUUGCUGCUGCCUCAACCAAAAAGGCCGUGCACGGAAAGAAAGAAGAGAAAUCCAAGACAGUGGAGCAAGAUACGAAAAAAGAAAAAUCUGGGAAAAGUUCUUCUGUUUUGAAAGACAAAGUACCUGAAACUAAAAAAGGUGAAAUGAUCUCCAAAGCAGGCAAAGAUGCAAAGUCCAAACCACCACAGCCACAAGUGAAAAAAGAAGAGAAAUCAGAGCCACAAAUUAAAAAGGAAGCAAAACCAGCACCGUCUGACAAAGGUCAAAUACGCAAACACGAUGAUCCCAAACUGGAGCAAGUUACUCCUCCUUAUGGUAAACCAGAACAAAAAGUUCUCAAGCAGGUAAAAGCUAUCACAGCGGAAAAGACAGAAAAAGCUGAUCCUCGAGAUAAAGAGCCUCAGUCUAUUAAAACAGAAAAACCUAAGCCAUCUUCAAAAGGAACAUCAGAAGUCACAGACUCAGGGAAGAAGAAAACUGAAAAAUCUGAAAAGCAAAAUAAAGUUCCAACAAGACAAGAAAAUCUUCAUGUGCACAAUGUGACUAAAGCAGAAAAAUCUGCAAAAAUACCAAAAGAUUCCAAAGAUGCAUCAGCUUCAAAGAAAGACAAAGAUUCCAAAGACGUACCAGCUUCAAAGAAAGACAAAGAAGUAAUUGAUGAUGUAUCUUCCCCAAAGAAGCAAAAAAAUCCGAUCAGUUUCUUCCAAUGUGUCUACUUGGAUGGAUACAAUGGGUAUGGAUUUCAGUUUCCUGUCACUCCUGCUCAACGCCCUGGAGAGAACUCUGGGAAACCCAACUCUCCAGGACAGAAACAGCAAGGACAAUAGACACCCGUGCAUGACCCUGACAACUGCAUUAAGAGGAUGAAAAUUGAAUCUUCUCUUUAGUCCCCAGUGGCACAGGCAAUUGAAACUAUCCAGUGCUGAGAUUUCAUUGUAAACAUUCUACCUUUCUGCCUGGCAUAGAGAGAUGGUGUGGACAAAGGGGUUGACUAAUAAGCAAAUGUGUUGGAGGGUCUAAUGCUUAAAAAUCUUCAUGUGUGUCUGCUGCUGUGGGAGGGGUACUUACAUUUAGCUGUUCUAGUCAUUGUAUGGUUGUAUACUCAUUAAAGUUUACUUUGUAUUGGUCUUCUAAAUAUAAUUGGGUAAUUGACCCAUUACAAAAUGAAAUUUUUGGCUUCAGGUAGAUAGUUUUUAAAGUGGUAACAGACUGUGUUCUAGGUGUAAAUGGUAGAGGAGCGUGUAUAAAAGUUGCUCUUCUGAAUCAUGUGAGUAAACUCAGUUUACCCAAAGACCUAUAUGCAUCAUUAUAUUGGUGUCUGUUUCUAGCUCAGUUGUGGCAAGGUUCUACAAUAGGUAUGACUUACACCAGAGUGUUGUAAGUCCCUUGUCACAUUCUUGAAACUCAAAGUAUCAGACAGACAGGACAUGACAAGGAACAAAUGCUUGACAAAUCGUAUUUUGGGGGUUUGUCUUAAGCUACAAUUUAGACAUUCUUUCCUGUGGACAUGUACUUGUAGUAAAGCAUGUCUAGCAAAUCAUUCGUUUAAUAUGGGAAUGAGGAGAUGUGAAAUUAUCAUGUCUCCAGAUUAUGUCCCAGUGAAAACAUCACCUGGGUGAAGGUUUAGAUAAAUCAAUAAUCGUGCGUGACCAAGGCAAACAUAAUUUUAUUUCUCAAUACAUUCUUUCUGUAAAAUUAAAUGUUUUUCUUUUCAACUGAAAACAAUAUAAAUGCUGUAAAAGUUCAAGUGAGACAUUUUGGUCCUAGAUAUGUUCAUGAAGUGUCUUACUUUCUUUUAACUAAUUGGACACUAAUGCCAGUUAAAUUAAUGGCAAUUUUUAACUUACUCAUCUAGGUCUAUCACUAUAAAUAACCGUUGAGAGUGUUCAUCUUCCUGGUGAUACAAACACUCAGUUUUAAUGAACUUUUCUUAUCAACUUUAGAAAAUGUGUCUGUAAUUUUUCAGCACAUUUCCAGUUGCAGCUGAACUUAUGACAAAUUAGCUCAGGAAAUGACUUACCAUUUCUGGCACUAUCAUCAACUCAGCAUUGACUGAGCUACUCAGAGAAUGACCGAGCCAUGUGAUUGGUUUUCAAGCAAUGCAACCAACUACAGUUCUUGAGAUCCAAAAUACAGGUCAGUUUUAUCAAUCUCUGGGUAAGGUGUGGAUUAUAUAUUCAGCAUUAAUGUUGGACCAUCAAUAACUUUUGCAAGAAAGUUAGUUUUAACCAGAUGCUGACAGACUUAAUUCACACCACAAAGGCCAACACUACAAUGAACUGGAUUCAUGGAACCAUUUGGAGGGGAAGGGAAACCUAGAAGUACAUCAUUUCACAUCUGAGCAGAUGGAACUAUCUUGCAAAGCCCCUUCAUUCAGCAAUUCAAACUUACAAGGAGGACAGUGGAUAAAGCGUUCCCCUUAGGUGCGGUUUCAUCCAUGCAAUUUCCUGAAUAAAGGAAAAGAGAGCAAAUGUGAUAUUUGUUUUAAAAUUCACAUAACAGGAUGGUUUAUCCACUAUGUUAUCCUUCAGUGACUGUGUACCAAGCGCUUAGUCUUUCUACUCUGGGUCAGGUACUAUACUGUGUAACAAAAUACAGCAAUAGAUUUUACUUAGUGCUAUUCUGGCACAGUAGAUGACACUGGAAAAUUCACUAAAAGGACUGAAUCUGUAUCUCCAUGUGUAAAGGAGAACCAUCAAAACAAACAGCUCAAUGCUUCACAGAUUUACUGUGGAGACAGAUAGUGUCUUAAUAUGGAUAUGUUUGAAAACAUUUUCUGAAAUUUUGUUUUUGGAGAUGACACUAAUUUUAUCUUCAUGGACUUUUAAAUAUCAUCAUCUAUUUUCUUUAUGAAACAAAUUGAUAAAAAAUUAGCAGAUGUUAUUUAAAUGUAAUUGUAGAUUUAGAGAAACCAAUUGUGGUGCAAUUAACAUUAACAAUAAUUGUUAAAGUUUGUCUAAAAUUUCAAUGAUGGUUAUAAUUUGAAAAUAUCAUCUCAACUAUCAUCUGUUUGUAUCUUUACAUCAAUAAAAUAUUUCUGGCCUUUUUGA